CCAAAAUUCAAUUUAAAAUCCGAAAAUUUUAAAAGUAAAAUCUAGAACCAAUCCCUAAUUCGAAAAUCUAAACCAAAAAAAUCUCUUUCAAUUUUGGUCAAACUAUAUAUAUGCCCAACCCUAAAUUGUAAAUUUUGAUGAUGCUAUUUGCACCUAAUGGACUAACCAAAGUCCAAAGUAAACAUUCGGGCUUUCUUUCAAACACACGCUUACAAGUACCUGACAUGACAUGUUCGCUUGCCGCUAUUUGUUUGAAGUUUCUGUCUUUGAACUGCCCAUGUCUGAAUUUUCAAGCUAUACUCUUCUUUAAUAUUCACUUCAUUAUUAAUGUUACACUGCUAUGGAAACACCCUUUCACUUCAACAGCUAUAGAGUUGCAAUAACUUUGGCUGUUCAAGCUUUACUUUUUUCUUCAUGGGUUUUGGUUUACUACCCAAAAAAUCUUGAUAUUGAGGGUUUACAUAAAUUGGGUUUCUUUAAAAGGCAGUUUUUUUUUUGUACUAAAAAGAAAAGUCCAUAUUUGUCUACUUUUCUUGAAUAUACUUUAUUUAAUUUUAUUAAUGUUAAACUGCUAUGGAAAGACCCUUUAAUCUGUAUGAUUAUUUGGGUGUUGAAGCUUUAGUUUUUUCUUCAUGGGUUUUGAGUUGUUACCCAAAAAAUCUUCUUUUAAUUUGAUAUUGAGGGGUUUACAUGAAUUGGGUUUCUAUAAAAGGCAGUUUUUUGUUAAAAAAAGAAACUUUUGCAGAAAGUAUUUUGCUGCUUCUUCAGUGGAAUUGUUAGAAGAUUCUUGUUCCAGUUCAAAUGGUGAAAGCAGUAUGGAAAAUGAAGAAGUAUUUGUUACAUAUAGUUGCAGAGAAAAAAAGUUGUUGUCAGUUGUUACAAGAAUAUGCAAGUCUUUGAGUUGGAAAGUUGCAAAAGAGUUACCUUUUAGAAGUUCUAUGAAGAAAUAUGGUUUUACUCAUUCGAUAAAUGGAUUUAGGAUGAUUAUACAUACUUUUGCGUUCGCAGGGAUGCGUUUGGAGGUCUAUGCAUUGCUUAAAGACAUUGUUUUCUACUUUCUGGAAGCUGGUUUUGACUUGUAUAAGAUAUUCCAUCUUUUUACAACAGAAUCGGUUUUCGUGGCUGAUGUACUUAUCAAAUUGUUUGCUGCAAAUAAAAUGCUUGAUUGUGCAAUUGACGUUGUUAAACAGGCUAGGAAAAUUGGGCUUGAACCAGGUAUUUUUUCAUGUAAUUUUUUACUGAAAUGCUUGGUGGAAGCUAAUAUGAAGGAGCAUGUUCUAAAUUUAUUUGAAGAAAUGAAAAACUUUGGGCCAUUGCCUGAUUUAAGGACCUACACAAUCCUGAUGAACUUUUACUGCAGUUACCAUAUAGAUAUAGAAGUAGCCCAAAAGAUUCUGGAAGAAAUGCAGAAAAGACAGAUUAGUCCUUCUGUUGUUACAUAUAGUACAUACAUUCAUGGACUUUGUAGAGUUGGGGAGGCUGAUUUUGCUCUGCGCUCCGUUCGGUAUCUGAGAGAUAACAACGAGCCAUUAAAUUGUUACUGCUACAAUGCUAUUAUUCGCAGAUUUUGUGCUACAGGUGAGGUAAGUAGAGCUAUAAGCAUUUUUGAUGAAAUGAAGAGUUGGGGAAUUAUACCAGAUCUCUGUAGCUAUAGCAUUCUGAUUGAUGGAUUAUGCAAAUGCCUGAAUCUUGAGAAAGCUAUAAAUUUAAUUGAGGAGAUGAAAGCUAAUAACAUAAAGCCUACCAUAGUUACAUAUACCUCACUUCUUAAUGGAUUCUGCAAAAUUGGAGCAAUGGAAAUAGCUAUUAAAACGUUUUAUGAGCUUGAGAAUUCUGGAUACAAAUUUGAUCAGCUUGCUUACAGUAUUUUAAUAAAUGGAUUUUGUGCUCAAGGAAAUCUCACUUCAGCCUAUAAGCUACUGGUGGAGAUGAUCAAUAAAAAAUUGGCUCCGGAUACUUCACAUUAUAAGCGAUUAAUUCGUUGUUUCUGCCAGAUGGACUCUUCUAAUAAAGUCGAGUAUUUAAGUAUGAUGGUGCAAGAAGGUUACUUGCCUGACUCUAUUACCUGCGAUUUCAUGGUUAAUUGGUACUGUACUGAAGGGAGACUGGCAGAAGCUUUGCAGCUGAUUGAUAAAAUGGUAAACCAAGGGAUCACAUCAAAUAAGUAUGCCUAUAAUGUAGUGAUUAACAGACUGUGCAAAGAUAGAAAACCAGAAAAGGCCAUGGAAGUAAUUCCAAUAAUGCUUAAGAGGAACACAUUGCAUGCUGCAAGUUGGAACACUCUUAUUGAUGGUUUUGCUAAAAAGUCCGAUUCAAAGAAGGCAUAUAUGUUGCAUGAGAAAAUGCAAAAGCUUGGGAUUAAUCCUGACAUCAUCACGUGGACAAUUCUUGCUAACAUAUUAUGCAUGACAGGCCAAGUGGGAAAAGCCAAUGAACUUCUGAGAGAUAUGAUUAUGAUGGGAUUGAAUCCUGAUACUAUCUCUUACACCUCCAUGAUAGCUGGCUUUUGUAAAAAUGGAUAUGUGAAUGAGGCCUUCAAAUUGUUCAAGAAAAUGCCAUGUAUGCCUUCUGUUGUUACUUACAAUUGCCUCAUUAAUGGCUGUUGCCAGGUAAAUAGCAUUGAUCAGGCUUUAAUCUUGUAUCGGAGAAUGCAGAAAGUUGGGGUUACUCCAGACAUCAUCACGUGCACAAUUCUUAUUAAUGCACUAUGCAAGAGGAGCAAAGUGAGUGAGGCUUUUGAAUUGUUCAAGGAGAUGCCAUCAAAGAUGUCUUCUGUUGUUACCUAUAGUUGCCUGAUUGAUGGAUUUUGCAAGGAAGGUCGAAUGGACAGGGCCGAAAUGCUGCUAGAUGAAAUGCGAAUACAGAAUGUCUCUCCUGAUGCCAUAACUUAUUACAUAAUGAUAUGUGGAUACAAAAGACGUGGACAAUUGGAUCUAGCUUAUGAUAUAUUUUAUGAGAUGAUAGACGAAGGUAUCUUGCCGGAUGUUUUCUUCAAAACCCUAGGGCUGAAACAGAUUGGAUAAAAACAUGAUGUCAAAUAAAAGCUUAUAGGAGUGUUCGGAAUCUCUAUACACUUCACAGGUAAAUUUAGAUAUUUUCUAUGUGUAUGUGCGAAUAAACACACUAGCACGCAAUCUCAAAGACUCUUUUUGUUUGGACUUCUUUGUCUUUUCAUUUUGGUAUGAAAUAAGUCGUCUCUUAUCUUUGAUAACCAAAGUUAUAAUAUUCACAUCAAGUCAAAAGCUAAGUUGGUGCUAUGUAAGCUUUUCAAUCACAUCUCUGAGACACACAGGGCAAAUCAUUGCAUCUUCUGAUCUGCAUCCUUUUAAUAAUUAAGCGAACACAGAAGUUGUUUGUCAAACAUCUGUGCUUUAAGCUAUACACUGUUCUUACCUCCCUCAAAAUAUCUCCUCUUUUCUUGAUAACCAAGAAAUCUCUGACAAGUUGUGUACGGUUCGAACCUUGGUGGAUAAUGCGCUCCCCCUCUCCCCUU